AUGACUGCUUCAUCCUCAUCAUCAUCGUCGUCGGCUCAUUCCGAUUGCUCUUCGAAGUCGUCCAUCGAGAGCAUUAGCCUGCCGCAGUACACGCGUGAGGAUAGUGUCGAGAAGCGAAUGAAACGAAUUGGUGACACUGUAAAAGUGGACGAAAAGAGACUGGCGGAAUGGACGGACAAACUCGGUCCACUCUAUGGAUCUGUCCCAUUGUGCGAAUCGAUCAUGGAUCUUCACUUCCAGUUGAUUCCCGCCAUUGAGACGUUGAAGAAGGCUCGAGAGCACUCGAGCGAUAAACUAAAAGAAGAAAUCAGUAAACUCAUCGUGGACUACACGAUUUUUGCCGUCUUCCUCGAGAAGAUGGUGGAUCAAAUGCAUCAUGACCCCGAUUUUCUGCGAGCUCACAAUGCGUUUCCAACGAGACGCAAACGAGACAAGUUGUGCGAGACGCCGAAAGAGUGA